AACAAAUGAAAACACCCGACACCGUGACUCACUGACUCCUCAUAAAUAGUUAUAAAAUUUUACUUAGUUACAAAUCAGUUGUUCGUUCUUUUCGAACCCAUAAUAUAAAUGAAAAGGAUAUUGCAAAACGUUAAUGACCGAUAGUUUUAUUUAAAAUAAAUAUUGUCAUUAUGGCGUCUGAUCCGUUGUUCGGUUGGGAUUUAACUUUCAGAACUGUUGAAAAGGAUAUAAAAACUAAAGCAGACAUUAUAGUUGCCUUUAUUCAUUGGAACUUGACCAAGAGAGGUUUCCGAAAUAUUGGUGUUGGUGAUGAGUUUUCCUUAAUAUCACAGCGGACACUUUCUGGAGAUGAAGUAAAAAGUGAGGUACUACCUACUGGAUGGAAUGAUAGUGAAAUCUUUAAGUUACGCUACAUUUAUGAUAAUAAAUUAUAUAUCUUACAUGGAUUAAACACAGAUGGCAAUCUUAUUGUCAACUUAAUGAGGUCUGAGGAUCUAGCUGUUACCAAUAUUGCAGUUAAGAUAGAGGAUACUGUGAAAGAAAUGAGUGGUCCUAUAGACAAAAUGCUGCCAACUCACAAAGACUUAAUGUAUAAUGUAAAGAGGGAUUUGUUAGAUACACUAACUGACAGACCCACAACUACAGCACAUACUCAAACAACAACUGGAGAUAAUUCAAACCUCAGAAGGCCAAGUGAUGAUCCUCUUAGAGUACCUCCAAGACCUAUGCCUGGUGCAACACCCGACACUCGUGAUUUAUGGGAAUUACCUCCAGCAAAUUUACCAAACAUUGGCAGAUCAGAUUUAGAUCCCUUUGCACCAGCCGGGGGAGGCAUGAUCUUCAAUCCGUUUGGACCUCGCAGGGAUAUUGAAAAUCCGGGUCUAGGAAUCCCUGGUGGUUUACCCAGGGGUGCAGUACCACCUGGCGCACGAUUUGAUCCUUUUGGGCCUCCCGGUGUCGGACCACUAGGAGGUCGAAGACCCCCGCCUCCAGAUGCUGACCACCUUCCACCACCUGGAUUUAAUGAUAAUAUGUUUAUGUAGCCAAAAAGCCUUCUGUGCAAAAUGCCUCUAAGAAAAUGGUAUUGGGUUGAAUUCAUUUAAUAAACUGCAUAUAACAAUA